CGCGUUAUGAUGACGUCACGCAUAAAAUAAAGUUGGACACGUCGGGUUUUUGUCGUUCUCAAAGGAAAGGACAAACAAAACGCACUCAAACGUUUAAAAAAAGUGACUGCGCUUAAUUGGUGACAUUUUAUCCAGCCAAAUGAAGAUACUUGUCGACAGUUUGACCAAGUCUGUCCAUCGAAAGAAUGGUGUCCACUGCUCCAAACAACUUCUCCUGGGUGGACCCGGGCAAAGUGGCCGGACUGGCCCUGCCCCGGAUGACUGCAGAGUACCAGUAUCUGCUGGACAACGGCAUCAACCAUCUGGUCUGCCUUUGUGAGCGCAAGCCCAACAACUACGAGACGUGUCCACGUUUGCAGCUGCACCACAUCAAGAUCCCAGACUUCACUGCUCCUUCACCGAGUCAGAUUGACAAAUUCCUCACCAUUGUGGAAGACGGCAACGCCAAGGGAGAAGCUGUGGCCGCCCACUGCAUGCACGGCCACGGCAGGACAGGGACCAUGCUGGCCUGCUACCUGGUCAAGGCCAUGAAGAUCUCCGGCAUCGAAGCCAUCAAUGAGAUCCGCAGAAUGCGCCAAGGCUCCAUAGAAACCAGCGACCAAGAAAAAGCGGUGGUACAGUUUUAUCAACGCAAUAAAUAGUUUAGUGUUGAUGUUUACAUCCAAAAGUCAUUAACAAUACAUCCAGGACAGGGAAAAAAAAGAUGGUAAAAUCCAUUGUUGGCUACUUUGCACAAACUUAAGUUUUCAAGCACUUGAUGCCAGAGAAAACAGACGAUGUCGCUCCUUAAACGUCAGCUUCCUUAGCAAUACUUUUUCUUUUUUCAUGUCUCAUCUUCUCAGGGAAGCACUUUAGUGUUUGUAAGCGGCAACUCUCUUAAACAUGAAGUCAUCCAGCUAUACGGUACAAUCGUUUGUUUUUAAUACACUACUAGACGCUAACUUUGACUGAGACUCGUAGCCACAAAUGUGAAAUGAAUCUCCUUCAUUCUUAUCAUUUAUGGCGGCAUGGCGGUUCUUCUUGAACACAGGUGUGAAACUCAAGACCCGGGGGCCAGGUAUGGCCAGCCACAUCAUUUUUAUUUGGCCCUCCAAAGCCUGCAAAUAAUAUGUAUCAAUAAAGUACUGUAACCAUUCUUACUAAA